GCUUAUAUAAAGACUGUGGCUCUAGCUGUGCGUGUGUGUUUUUUUUUCUUCCUUAAAAUCAGCUUAAGAGGGGGUGGUUAGAAAUCUAAACCUUUUACUAGCAAACAGAUCGACUCUUGCACUGAGCAGGGAAACUUCCCCAACUUCUCCAGUCCUUUCCUAUUCCGGCUGAAAAGAUUGCGCGCUUGGGCUUGCUGAAAAUGGAAUACGAAGAGGACGAUGAUGAUAUAAUGUUUGCUAAAUGGAUGAGUAGCUUUUGGGGCCACAGUGGGGUGGAGGAUGCGGAUAGAGAUGCUCGGAAUCCAAGAAGGCGGCAGUCUCGUGCCCUAUCAGAAAGGAGGGCAUCCCUUCCUUGCCCGGCUCAACUUUCUGCAAUGCGCGCUACAAGGUUUCACUCUUCUACCAAAGCCCCGUCUCCAGUCUACUUGAAAGGGUGCAAGGACAUUCGAGAAGAUCACGACAGAAACCACAACAGCCACAUGAAAAUAAGUAAAGUGUCUUCCAUUGACGGAUCACUUCCAGAUAGCAAAGAACAAAAAAAGAGAUCAAAUUCUAUACAAGAGUUCUCAGAAACAUUUGAGAAACAGCUGCGUUUCAAAAGUACACGCUCCACGUCUUUGGGAGAACAUUCAGUAACUCGGAGGAAUUCAUCCUGCAGAGUGAAGGAUGAAGAUGAGGAUCCGUGUGUUAUAUGUCAUGAUGACCUGCAUGCUGGCAGUAUCUGGCAACUUCACUGCAUGCACCGAUUUCAUAAAGAGUGCAUCGGAAAGUGGCUGUGCAAGAAACAGACGUGCCCUACCUGCCGAGUUAAGGUGAUCACGUCCAAGUCAUUUUUCAUGUCAUCUGCCCGGAUGAAAGUGCCAUGAAGUAACAAUGCUAGAUCUAAAUCACUCUGCUUGGCUGCAUAACAAAAGGAGCACUCAGAUUGCCUCACAGCCAUUUUUCUGCAGGUAGCUGGGAAGCGCAGCAGGUUUAUGCUUUGUACAGACACCGCGAGUAACGACUAUGCAAAUACUCUGCUCCAGUACACAGAGUAAUGAUUGUGACGAGAAAUGUUGAUAUUAGUUUGAAUCAUGUUCUAUACUGUAAAUAAAGGAAAAUAUUUGAUACUUCUAA